AAAGUGAAUGAAUUAAUGGAGGAAAAUAGUAGAUUAAGAGAGCAAGGAACUAAUGAAGAGAAUACACAAUCUAAAGAUUAAUAAAUCACUGAAUAGCAAAGAUUGAUAUAAGAUUUAAAUACAAGGCUUGAUAGAAUGAGAGGUUAAAUGUAUAUAUAUUAAAAUAAUGUUAUAUUAGGAUAAUAAAGUCUUUGGAAGAAUAUUAGGAUCAUUUAGUUGAAGAUGGGUGUAUCGCAAUUAAAGAGUAGAAGAGAGAUUGA